AUGAAGGAUGGAAGGCAUCGUCGCUUGACUCCCAGCACAGUGAGCAAGACAACUACAAUGACCCGAACAAUCCACAUUGCCGUCCUCGACGUCGACAUCCCCCCUCGCAGCCUCUACGAGACACAUGGCCUCUGCAGCGCCCAUUUCCGCCAUGCCCUGCAAGACGCCGCCACCCGCUUCAACGCCCUCACGCCGGGAAGCGAUAUCCGCAUCGCAGUGACACCAUAUGAUAUCCGCGGGGGACACUAUCCUGACUUCCGGCACCUGCGCAAGACCCAAACCCCGUUAUCCGAACACAGUAUCGAUGCGAUCCUGAUCACGGGGGGCGCGCCGGGCGUCUACGAGAUCGACAAGCGGCCUUGGAUGCAGACGCUGGCCAAGUUCCUCCAGACGGUGUUCCGCGAGUAUCCCGCCGUGAGGAUCAUGGGCACAUGUUUCGGGCACCAGUUGAUUGGGCAUGCGCUGGUCGACUCCGGGGCGGGGGACGUGUAUGUGGAGAAAUGUCCACUGGGGAGGGAAGUGGGGAUCCACACAGUCCAGCUGAAUCGGGACUUUGUCGAUGCGUUUCCCCUUGCUCUGGGCCAUCUGCCGAACGGACAAUUGAAGAUUCAGAUGUUCCACGGCGAUCGGGUGAUGGUCAAAGGGGGCACCGAGGGCGUCUUGCCGGAGACCGCCGCGGUCUCGCUGCCCGCGCCGUGGGUGAAUAUCGGGAGCACGCCUCUCUGUCCGAUCCAGGGAAUGUACUACCCCGGCCGGGUGCUGUCGGUGCAAGGACACUACGAGCUGGACGCGUGCGGGAUGCAGAGUAUGUGUCUUGAGUUUGCGCCGCUGCUGGGCUGGACGGACUCGAAGCUGGGGUUGUUCUUGGAGCAGGUGGGGGACGAUUACAAUGGGAGACAGGAUGAUUCAGAAGCGUUUGCGUUGGCCGUGGUUUGCUUUCUGGCUGGGGAAUAG